CAUUAGCAUAGCACCCAUGAACCAUAAAACCAACUCCUUCGUUGUGCACAGAGGGAUUGUGGGUAUUGGGGUUGGCUAGUGUCACGUUGUGGAUCCAGCAUGGCAGGCAAACAGAAAAGGAAACUAGAAGACCUCAGUGUGGACGAGUUCCUGCUGUCAGCUGAUUUUGACUCUGGAGGUGAAUCUGAAGAAGAGACUCCCGAAGAAAAUGGAUUUACUAAGAAGAAAGGUUUGAAACCUUCAACCUCUGGGAUUGAUGAAAAGAAGAAAGGCAAGGCCUCUGAGCACAAGGAGCAGCUGUCCAGGUUAAAGAACAAGGAUCCAGAGUUUUUCAAAUUUCUGCAGCAGAACGACCAAACGCUCCUAAACUUUGACGACACAGACAGUGAUGAGGAUGAGGAUGAGCAAAAGUACCACAGAUUGCCAUCCAGUUUGGAGGGCGCCAGCUCUGGUGACGAGGAUGACGACGAAGAUGACGAGGGUAAGAAGAAGAAAUCCAAGAAUGCGGUGGAAAGUAUCAAAGUCACAGACAAAAUGGUUGAUGACUGGAAAGCAGCUAUGAAGAAGGAACCCACGCCUCGUAUCUUUAGAGAAGUCACCCAGGCCUUUAAGGCUGCCGUCGCUACAACCAAGGGCGAAGGAGGCAGUCAGUGUCGAUACAAAGUGGCUGAUAGCUCAGUGUUCAACGCCUUGGUCUUGUUCUGUAUCAGAGAUAUCCAUGGGGCCCUGCAAAAGAUCCUCAGCCUGAAGCAAGAUAAAGGACAGAAAAAGAUGGUACUCCCAUCAUCAAGUCCAAAGUGGCAGAAGAAUCAGAUUGACAUCAAAAUGUAUCUUAGUGGAGUAGUUCAGCUGUUGUCCUGUCUAACUGAGGCUACAGUCAUCAGUGCUGUCCUGCGGCAUGCAAACCAGCUCGUACCUUAUUACCUCUGUCUACCUAAACAGUGUCGUCAUCUGGUGAAGCAACUAAUGAAGCAGUGGAGCACGGGGGAGGAGACAAGUCGGGUUCUUGCUUUUCUGGCCCUUAACAAAAUCUGCAGACACAAGCAGGAAACGUAUCUUAACCCUAUUCUCAAGCAAAUGUACAUUUCCUAUGUACAAAACUGCAAGUUCACGUCUCCCAAUGCGCUGCCCAUGAUCAACUUCAUGCAGCGAACGCUAACAGAGAUGUACUCCCUGGACACACAAGUCACUUAUCAGCACGCCUUCCUCUACAUCCGACAGUUGGCCAUCCACCUCAGGAAUGCCAUGACCAUGAAGAAGAAGGAAACGUACCAAUCGGUGUAUAACUGGCAGUAUAUCCACUGUCUGUACCUCUGGUGCCGGGUCCUCAGCACCCUGCACCCCAGUGAUGUACUUCAGCCUCUCAUCUAUCCACUCUGCCAAGUUAUAAUUGGUACCAUCAAGCUGGUGCCCACAUCGAGAUAUUACCCUCUGAGGAUGCACUGUUGCAGAGCCCUCACCCUGCUGUCAAGCAGCACCAACACAUUCGUGCCUGUCCUGCCUUUCCUCUUGGAGAUCUUCCAGCAGGUGGACUUCAACAAGAAACCAGGGCGAAUGAGCAAGAAGCCCAUCAACUUUGCAGUCAUCCUGAAGCUCAGCAAGGUCAACCUAGUGGAGAAAGCCUACAAAGACGGGUUGAUCGACCAGUUGUAUGACCUGGUGCUGGAAUACUUUCACACUCAGGCUGGCACCAUCGGAUUCCCAGAGCUCGCCCUGCCUACCGUCAUUCAGCUGAAAGCGUUCCUGAAGGAAUGCAAAGUGGCCAAUUACUGCAAGCCGGUGCGCCAGCUGCUGGAGAAGGUACAGGAGAACAGCAGCCACAUCACAGGACGGAGACAGAAGGCCGCCUUCGGAGUGGCCGAUGCCACCGCUGUGGCGGUUUGGGAGAAGCAGAUCAAGGAGGAGGGGACUCCCCUCACCAGGUACUACAGCCAGUGGAAGAAGCUGAGGGAGAAGGAAAUCCAGCUGGAGAUCUCCGGCAAAGACAGGAUGGAGGAUCUGGACCUCCCUGAGAUCAAACGUAAGAAGAUUCAGGAGAAGAAGGCCGAGGACAAGAAGGAGUUCAAGGAUCUGUUUCAGUCUGACAGCGAUUCAGACGAAGAUGAUGAAGGACUCAAAAUCAAAGGUAAAAAAGGCGGCUUUGGGUCGGAUGAUGAGGAUGAUGAUGAUCUUCAGGAUCUGUCUGACAUGAGUGACGACGAGGGGAUGGAGGGUGGAGACUCAGAUGAUGAUGAUGAGGAAGAUGAUGAAAAGGCCUCCAAGGCUCCUCAGCCGCUGUCCUCCUCUGCUCUGAUAAAGCUGGCAGAAGGAGGCGAGGAUGUGGUGGAGGACCUGGAGCUGUCUGAUGAUGACUGAGGUUCACGGACGCACACACUCAAGCUCACCUGAGGAGACGCUCUCAACUUUUACUGACCAUCUUAAAAUAAUGUUGGACUUGUUGCUCUAUUCUUUGUUUUUUUUUAUAUUACUUACUCUGUACAGUCCAAACAUGUUCAUGAUGUAAUUUUAUUCAGUAUUGAGGUUGUUAAAAAAGAGUUAAAGAA